CUGUGUCAUAGGUCUAGCAGUGAUAGCAUUAGUUUCUGAUCGAAGAUCUUUAAAAUUUUUGAUCUCUAACAUCAACUCACUGCAGAGAACCACCAAUUGCCAUACUAUAAUCAUGUCUUCUAACAAGAUCUGGCUGCGUGCCGAAACUAAGCCCGCCGAGGCUCGGUCUGCCUUGACCCCAACAACCUGCAAGGCUCUUAUCGAUGCCGGAUACGAAGUGACAGUUGAACGCUCGACACAGCGGAUCUUUGAUGACGAGGAAUUCGCGAAGGUCGGCGCCCCGCUGGUGGAGGAAGGUUCUUGGGUGAAGGAUGCACCCAAGGAUGCCUACAUUCUGGGUCUCAAGGAGCUCCCUGAAGACGAUUUCCCUCUUGAGCACGUUCAUAUCUCCUUUGCGCACUGCUACAAGCAACAAGGUGGCUGGGAGAAGGUCCUCAGCCGCUGGCCUCGGGGAGGCGGUACUCUCUUGGAUCUUGAGUUCCUCACUGAUGAUGUUGGCCGAAGAGUCGCUGCUUUUGGUUGGUCGGCUGGGUACGCAGGGUCCGCUUUGGCUGUCAAGAACUGGGCCUGGCAGUUGACGCACCCUGAGGGCGAGCCUUUGCCUGCAGAGGCCCCGUAUGCUAACCAGGAUCGCCUGAUCGAGUCUGUCAAGAAGUCCCUCGAGGCUGGUAAAAAGCAGUCUGGCCGCUCCCCCAAGAUUCUCGUUAUCGGAGCUCUUGGUCGUUGCGGUAGUGGCGCCGUGGAUUUGGCCAAGGAUGUCGGUAUCCCAGACUCCGAUAUCAUCCGGUGGGAUAUCGAGGAGACCAAGAAAGGUGGUCCUUUCAAGGAAAUCGUCGAGGAUGCUGAUAUCUUUGUGAACUGUAUCUAUCUUGCGUCCCCCAUUCCACCCUUUGUUACCCCGGAGACCCUUACUUCUCCCGCUCGUCGCUUGUCAGUCAUCUGCGACGUGAGCGCUGAUACGACCAACCCACACAACCCUAUCCCGGUCUAUAAUAUCACAACCACCUUCGACAAGCCUACGGUUCCCGUCACUGUGUCAGGCGGAGACCAGAUCGCUGGCUUGAGUGUGAUCAGCAUCGACCAUCUCCCGUCUCUUUUGCCCCGUGAGAGUUCUGAGAUGUUCAGCCAGGCCUUGCUCUCUAGCUUACUCCAGCUGAAGGACCGGCAAAAUGCCCGUGUCUGGAAGCAGGCUGAGGAUCUCUUCGAUGAGAAGGUUGCCACAUUGCCUGAGAACAUCCGAGAAUACCAAGCAAGACACAGGCAUCAGCAGCAUCUCUACCGCCAAUCGACGAGGAGUGUUCCAUUGCGACUGUCGCGCUUGAUGCAGGAAAAGUCGACCACUGUCGCCGCUUACGCGGCGGGCGCAUCUCUUGCGGCUAUCGCUCUGUUCUACGUCUUCGGGCCCAACUACACUAUUGAUGGAGACGAGUCACUCGAUAGUACCCGCAAGAAGAACAUAGUGGGUUUAUCUAAUCCUGCCAAUGACUGCUUCAUCAAUUCUGUCCUGCAGGCUCUUGCGGGGCUUGGCGAUCUGCGUGUCUACUUGAUCAGAGAGCUCCAUCGACGUGAACUGGACGGCCCCGAGAUAUAUAAUAUACUUCCUUCUCCGGAAGAGAUGCCACGGGAUGGAAAGCCUGAUAGAAUAAGGGAAUUACAGCUAGGAACUAUCACAAGAGCGUUGAAGGAGAUGCUGGAUCGAUUGAACGAACGCCCAAUCUACAAGAAGACUAUCUCCGCACGGCCUUUCAUCCAGUCGCUCGAAUAUGCAUACCGGACACGCAUCAGUCGCAACCAGCAGGAUGCACAGGAAUUCUUGCAGAUCGUCGCGGAGAGGCUUUGCGACGAGUAUCAUGCCGGCGUUAAAGCGCGACAACGAGCAAAGGACAUGAUUGGACCGUCAGCAGGCCUGGAGAUCAUAGAACCAGACGAUGUGUCUUCCCCCAAGACUCCUGCUGAAGUAGAGGUGCGGAUAGAUGACGGAUCCGAAACCGGUCUCCCGGCCAUCAUCGACAACAAGCUCCGAGAAAUUGACCAUGAGCAUGGCUUUCCAUUUGAAGGCCGGCUUGAGUCUCAGAUUGAGUGCCUGUACUGCCACUACCAGUAUAGGCCUAAUCAGACUUCUUUCGUGAACCUGACCUUGCAAGUGCCUCAAAAGAGCUCUACCACUCUCAGCGCCUGCUUCGAUGGUUUACUCAAAACCGAAUACAUCGAAGACUUCAAGUGUGACAAAUGUCGAUUACAGCAUGCCGUUGAACUGAAGAUCCAGGAACUGCACCGCACACGCACCAAGGAUGACCGAAAACAGCUCGAGGCGGAAAUUGAGCGAAUUCAGACGGCACUCGCUACAGACCCAGAGGGGCCCUUAGAGGGAGUCACCCUGCCACCUUCUGAACUCGCUCCCAAGCGAAGGAUUGCGCGACAUAUGCGGAUCACGACCUUCCCCAAGAUCGUCGCCAUUCAUCUUUCGCGAUCGAUCUUUGACCAAAGUAGUUCCACCAAGAACGCCGCCAAGGUGUCUUUCCCGGAGAGGCUUCCCCUCGGCGGUAUCUUGAGUCGGGAGUGGUUUAGACUGCUUGCAAUUGUCUGCCAUAAGGGCAGCCACCACAGCGGACACUACGAGUCAUUCCGACGCAAUCAUCUUUAUCCACCCUUCUCAACGCCAGACGCGUUCAGCUCGUACGCCCAGAGCCGGGCUGCUAGCGAAAACCCAUCCGAAGCCCCUAGUCCUCAGCUCAGAGCUCGCAAUUCCUCGGACACUGAGCCUGCAAAUCUCAACAUCUCCACGUCAAUAGCCUCUCCGACUCGCUCCUCUCAGCUACAACCCCCUCCGUCACCCACCCCUCGGCCGACAUCGAGCCCACGGGUCUCUUUCCAAAGUACUCGAACCAAGUCAUCAACCUCCAAGCAAAACCUCUCACCCGUGUCUGACCCGCACAGCCCAUCAUCCACGGAGGGUGGACGUUGGAGCAAGUCAUUUUCACGAGCAUCCUUCACCAGCGACCGUAGUACACCAGCCACUUCAGUCGAAGCUUCGACCGGUUCCAAACCCCGGCUUCACCGCCGCCGCAAGCCGAACGAUCGGUGGUGGCGCAUCUCCGACGAGAAAGUCAAGGAAUGCAAGACAUCCGAUGUUCUGGGAAUGCAGCGCGAGGUUUAUCUCUUGUUUUAUGAGAUCGAAAAACCGACACCUGGCGUAUAA